AACCCACGCAUACACGUGUUGGGAAAUAUCUUAUUUGGGAAUGCUAUAUGUUGAAUUACCAUAGUGCGCAUGUGUUGAGAGUAGUAAUGGAUAUUAGUCAGUUAUUGUGGUAAUAAAGGAUAUGGUAGACUAAGCAAUAGUUAAGCGAGGCCUAUCUCCUUAGGGGUUAGACUUCUGAUGGCAUCCACAGUGCCCAAACAACACAGUCUCUCUCAGCUGUGAGACUGAUGGGCUACCCUACAAGCAGCCAACUACCCUAUUCCAGCAGCUCAUUACUGUAGCUGGUUAUCCAUAAUGACCAUGUUUUGUAGUGACUCUGCCCAUACUGUAGGGUUGUAAAAUUCUGGUAACUUUCCCCCAAAUAACCGGUUUUCCAGAAAUCCUGGUAUGAGAAUUCCUGGAAUUAUGAGGUGAUGAGCAGGAAAUCCUGUAUUUCUGGAAAAAAAGAUUUUUUGAAAGUUAAUGGAAUUUUGCAAUCCUAGGCCCAUGCAUAAUUACUGAGAGCAUCUAUUCAAGCACCUGCAGGCCUGGUCAAUGUCAUUGUUUAUCUGGUGCGUCUUCAUGUUCGUUACAGUGCAAGGCAGCAGACUGGAGAAAGCGAUCACAACUCCUCAUGAUCAUCAUCCUGAUAAUGUGGGUUUGACAGGAGGGUGGAUGUGUAGCUUGUGAAUGAAAUUAGCCCAUGUCGUCCAACUUCUACAGAUGAACAGGUUGAUGAAGCACAAGGCAUCUGGGUCAUUGUUGUGUGCCAUUAAAGCAAAAAUGCUUGAACAGCAAAGAGACUUUAAACUCAGGAAGCAUUUUAAUAUCAGCUAGGAUAAAUGUAAUCUGAAGCAUGACAGCUGGAUAAGACAUCCUGUACAACACAACAUCUACCUGUAACACUAUUCCCUCCCUGCAUUGACUUCAUGAGAUUUGCAGGCCUCCAGUUUCUCCUGCAGCCCAGGGUAAUGUUGGAGAGAAUUGCGGUGUUCUACCUCUUUAUUGCCUGGAUUUCAUACUACAACAAGCAAUGAGACUGCAGAGAAAAUGUUUUCUAUCUGUCUCGAUCUCUCUGCUACCCUCCCGCCUACCCCACUCUCACCCCUAUAAAAGUACUGUACUAUUGGAGCUGAAUCAAUUCAAUUUCAGAGUAUUGAUUUUGAGUUGCUUGCAAUGCUGUGGAGACACUCUCUUAUUCUAGAAAGUCAUCACUGCUAGGCCUAGCUAUAUAGGAUAGGCCUUUGUAGCAGUUCUCCAUUAAAGCUUAUUAUUACACACGGCAUAGUCCUCCUAAACUAAAAUCUCCAAAGCAGUUUCUUCGUCCUGUAUGCAGACCAGACCGUAACGAACUGAACCCCCUCCUUAACUUGUGAGAAUGUUGUCUAAUGACAGAGAGCUGCUUGUGACAGGUGCUGUGAGGAGUGUUGUGGCUGAUCUCUGUGCUACUCAGCCCCACAGCCCCUAGAUCUUUUAUCCAUGGCCCUGAGACAUGGAACCUGUCAUUUGGUGAGGCGCAGGGACAGGGUUCCUAGCUACAGUACUAGGUAAAGUUAGACCUCCGUUAGGCUACAGGCUGCGUAAGAAGCAUCGCCACAGCACGUCGUUCAAUUAUCCUAUGUUAACUGCAAUCGAUACUGAGCUCAAAGGUUCUUGUGAGCACUGCACACACUCAUAACUUGUGGUGUUGCUGGUACUGUGUGUCGUGCACUUUUUGACAGUCAAGGUGCCAUUUAGUCAGUAAUGAGGAGGCAUAGGCUAACACCUAAUAGUACUCCGCUGAGCUAGCAACGAGCACUCAGCGGUUGUCAACGUCCUCAUCCAACCAGAAUCCAUGUUUGCAGAUGGAAUUAACUUGUUUGUACCACACUGCUGAUCACUUUGAAAUGAAUAACAAGUCAUCUACGGCUCACUCUGUCCCACUGCUUGUGUGCACAACAUUAGAGGAAAUACUGGUUUGUGGUGCUGGAUUCUUAUGUUUGAUUCCACUGAGGUGAUUAUGAUGGCAUGGUUGGGAUGACAAUGAUGAUCAUAAUCUUCAGGUGUUUGAGGAUGCUAGAUGAUGGACAGUGUCCUGGAUCACUUUUGUAUAAGAGUUAUCACUGAUGUACUGUAUCCAACAAUCCGUAGCAACACAAGACCUUGGGGAGGGUGCCUUUCUGAAUUCCUUCACAUCGAGGGAAGAACAAACAUGGCUGUCCUGGCCCCCACUGUACCACACACUCACUCCACCCAGCAGACAGCCAGAAACUCUCUCAUAUCACUGCAGCUUCGCUGAUGGCCCAACCCGACUCUUCACACACUUACGAAACCUGUUUUCUAGGAAGCCCAAAGAGCCAAAGCCACCUUCUCAGAAUGCUCCUGGGUGGAGGUUGUUUGGAAAGGUCCCCCUGAGGGAGAACACUACUAAACAUCCUAAAGACUCCUUCACCAUCCAGCAGGAGUACCCGGUGAAGGUUGGACCAGCUCCAGGUCCCCAGGUCCAGCUCUCUGCAGCGCGGCGGAAAAACCUGGAGUUUGAGCCGUUGUCUACCACAGCUCUGAUACUAGAGGACAGACCAUCGAACCUUCCUGCCAAGUCUGUUGAGGAGGCCAUGCGUCACAAACAAGAGUAUGACGAGAUGGUGGCAGGAGCCAAGAGGAGAGAGCUGAAGGAGGCCCAGAAGAAGAAGCGUCAGAUGAAGGAGAGGUUUAAACAGGAGGACAGCAUCGCCAACGCCAUGGUCAUCUGGAACAAUGACGUCCUGCCCAACUGGGACUGCAUGCGUAACACGCGUCGGGUCAGAGAGCUCUGGUGGCAGGGCCUUCCUCCCAGCGUCCGAGGACGAGUCUGGAGCCUGGCCAUCGGCAACGAGCUCAACAUCACCCCCGAGUUGUUUGAGAUAUUUCUGUCUCGGGCUAAGGAGAGGUGGAAGAGCUUCAGUGAGACCAGCUCUGAAAACGAGACCGAAGACUCUGGAUCAUUGCAGGUGGAUAGAGAGUCAAGUCUGGACCUGAUAAAGCUGGACAUCUCCAGGACCUUCCCCUCUCUCUUUAUUUUUCAGAAGGGUGGGCCCUAUCAUGACCUCUUGCACAGUGUUCUGGGGGCGUACACGUGUUAUAGACCAGACGUGGGCUAUGUCCAGGGGAUGUCCUUCAUCGCUGCAGUGCUAAUCCUGAAUCUGGAGGAAGCUGACGCCUUCAUCGCCUUCGCCAACCUGCUCAACAAGCCCUGUCAAAUGGCCUUCUUCAGAGUGGACCACGACCUGAUGUUGAAAUACUUCGCUGCUUUCGAGGUGUUCUUUGAAGAGAACCUCCCACGGCUGUUCAAUCACUUUCAGAUCAACAACCUCACCCCUGACCUUUAUCUCAUAGACUGGAUCUUCACCCUGUAUAGUAAGUCGUUGCCAUUGGAUGUGGCGUGUCGCGUGUGGGACGUGUUCUGUCGCGACGGGGAGGAGUGUCUGUUCCGGACAGGCCUGGGCAUCCUGCGCCUCUACCAGGAGGUCCUACUGCAGAUGGACUUCAUCCAUAUGGCCCAGUUCCUUACCCGCCUGCCUGAUGACAUGGCUGCUGACAACCUGUUCAGCUGCAUCACUGCCACACAGAUGCUCAGCAGCAACCGCAAGUGGGGCCAGGUCUUCUCUGCAUUGAUGAAGGAUGGCAGUAAGGAAAUAGCCAACCACAGUCCGGCUCCAAGAAGCUAACGGUUUAGACACACAAACCCCACUACCCAAUGUGUUUCUGAAUCGUUGACACACGCACUUGGAUUUCUUCUGGGGACUGUUGCUAAGGCAACAGGAAUGCUUUGCUUGGUUAUGAAAUGGACACCAAAUGGAUGUAAUACUGGGAGGUGGCAACACAUCCCUACAUAUCUCCACACACACACACACACACAAAAUGGCAUCAGAAGUGUGACUGAAAUGAAUGUUGUUGCAUCAGAGAACCAUUAGCAACUAUGAAUGAUGAAAUCUGGUAGAAAAUACUUUAGGCCGGGAGAGUUCUGUCCAUGUUAUUGCGCAUACGGCAAGUGGCUAUAAGGAGUUCCCAAAACUCCUAUCAACACUCCAUUGGUUUGCGUACACAUUAAGUAUAUGUCCAUUUUCAUCCCUACACAUCUCUCUACAUGCACACACACACUCACAUAAUAACAGCAUUAUAAACAGGCCUUAGGUGGACCAUGAAACCACUGACUCACCCAUAUAGUCUGGUCAGAAAUAUGUUAUACUUUCAGAUUGUAAAGCUGUUAAAUGUACUUGUCUCUUUUUGUUUUUAGGUUAUACCAAAUUUCUCCACGACAAAGUGUUUGUAAAUAUGAACUUAAACAUAUGUACCUAUAUUUGUAUGUAUUAAUGUAUGGUAUACACAUACAGUAUUUUCCUCGUGUUCACUAAUUCAACAGGACCCUUGGCAAACAGUGAUUCUGGAAUAGGAAAUACCAACGGUAAAUCAAGGAGCGACUUGGUGAAAUCUUUUUAAAAAACUAUUGAAUCUGAGUGCUCUUAAGUUAGUUUAAAGGUCCAAUGCAGCCAUUUUGAUCUCAAUAUCAAAUCAUUUCUGGGUAACAAUGAAGUACCUUACUGUGAUUGUUUUCAAUGAAAAUAGUUUAAAAAAACGAAUACUUUCUUAACAAAGAGCAAUUUCUCGAGGAAGAAUUUUGAUAGCAGUCUCUGGGAGUGGUCUGAGUGAGGGGAAACGGAAUAGUAGCUGUUAGGGGUUUGGAACUCUCUUUCUUAUUGGUGUAUUAACAAAUUUACUGCCUAGUGAUGUCACCAGGCAGGCCAAAACUCCAUCCCACCAAAACAGGUUGACAUUUCAGGCCGCCUUUUCAAACAGCUCUAACACUAAAAGGGCAUUAUCGUAAUUAUCACAACCUCGUAGUGUGGAAGCAUAUAUAAAACACAGGCAAAUCAUGUUUUUUUGCUGCACUGGGCCUUUUAAAUAAAGCCCCGAAGAGGAGGGGGGAUAAUUUUGAAAUAAAAGUGCAAUAUGAAUCUCAAGGGCCACAUGAUGCAGUGUUUUUGGAGAAACAUGUUUGAAUAACCGCUUUAUGUUGAGUUAAAUCUACAGUUGGUGAUGUCUGAUAGUACAGUGCUUUGAUUAAAUAUUUAGAUAGUAGUGGAGAAGGAGAUCAACAUUCUUGCAAGAUGUUUGAUUUUAAGAUUGACAUUUGGUCUGUAUGCAUACUAUUUAAGUUGUAGCAUUGCUUCAUGUAAAAUAAUCAUUCCGCUUGUUUUUGUCCAAUUUACAAUUGUACAGUUUUCAUAUGCCUUACUGGUACUGUAUAUGUAAUGUAAAAAAAGAUCUCUUUCGUAAAUGGCCACUAGUUAAAUGUGUAAAUAAAUAUCUGGGCAACAGAA